AUGUCCGUCACAGAAAUUAACCAAACCCCGCCAGAGGAGCCCAUUGCCAUCCCAUCCCACCUCGAUGGCGUUGCCUACCUAUACGGUCACCCCCUGUUGAAUUCUCUCUCCCCUCCUCUCCACCAAACCGUCUACAAUGCCCUUGGUCUCAAUUGGACUCAGAUUCCGCUUUCCAGCGUGACCGGCACAUCAGAGACUUACCCUCCCCCAUACACACGGUCGCCUCCCAUUGAGAAAUAUAUGGCAUCAAUCAAAUCCAACCCCAAGUUCGUCGGCUCGUCCGUGACGAUGCCCCACAAGGUUGCAAUUAUGCCUCACCUGGAUGAUCUGACUGAGCACGCUCGCCAAGCCGGCGCCUGCAACACCAUUUUCCUGCGCAACGACCCAGCAACCGGCGAACGCCAGUACGUCGGCACCAACACCGACUGCGACGGCAUCCGCGAAGCGCUCACCCAAAACGCCCCCGACGCAUCGCGUUUCCGCGGCCGGCCCGCGCUCAUCAUCGGCGGUGGCGGCACCGCCCGCACUGCUAUCUACGUUAUGCGCCGCUGGCUCGGCUCCAGCCGCAUCUACGUCGUCAACCGUGACGCCGACGAAGUGGCUGCCAUCCUUGAGGAAGACCGCCGCCGCAACCCGGAUCCCAAUGCCCAGGCUCCUCUUAUCCCCGUUACAGACCCCGCUGAGGCGGCUCGUCUCGAGUCCCCCGCUGCUAUCGUCUCCGGUAUUCCUAACUACCCGCCCAAGACCCCCGAGGAGCUGCGCGCCCGCGCCAUCAUUGAGGCUUUCCUGGGAACUGCUGCCGAUGCGGAGAAGCAGCAGGGUGUCAUCCUGGAGAUGUGCUACCACCCUACUCCCUGGACUGAUAUCGCCAAUCUGGCCACCGCCGGUGGUUGGAAGGUCAUUCUUGGCUCCGAGGCUCUAAUCUGGCAGGGUCUUGAGCAGGCCCGCCUCUGGACCGGCAAGGAUAUCAUUGGUACUCCUGGUCUGGUGCAGGAGGUCAAGGACCUUGUUGCUAAGACUAUUGCCGAGCGGGAAGCAUCGAGGUCCAGCCUGUGA